GAGCCUCUCACCUUGAACAAACGGGCAUGGAGACCUGAUGAGAAAUUGCGUUCGGCCGCCUGUCAAUCUCUGUCUCUCUCUGUCAAUCUGUAAAAUAUCAUACAUUUUCUAUCUCUCUCUCUAAAAGUUCCACAGAAACCGAAGAAGUGAAAGACAAGCUCCAGUUUUCUCAAGAAGGAAAACUGUUGUAAUGGCAAAAUACAAGAAGAAACAAUCUUAUAUCUCUGUCCCAUCUCAGAUUAUAAACUCUUUGUCAUCUUCGUCCCUUCAAUCUCUCCUUGAAUCACCAAAGAAGUCAUCAAAGAAUGGAAGCAACAAGUUUUUUGGUAUCAGCUCGUACAAAAGCCCAAGACUUUGGUUCUUUACCCUCUUUUUCUUUGGUCUUUAUGGUAUGCUAAGGUCUGGGAUCAAGCUUGAUCCUUUGACCCAUUUCUCUCCAUACCCAUGUUUCACAACCCAAGCACAGGUCGCUACUUCAAAUGGGUACUCAAAGCCACACGCAGGACUAGGUGAAAAAGGUGAGUUUUGGACCUCCAAAACUUUUGCAAAAUCAGACUUGGGUAUUGCCCAAAACAGUGGAAAGGGUGAUUCAAAAGCUUUGAUCUCGAAUGGGCAUGCGGAAAAUUCAGGUAAGGAUGAAGAGAGUGAGUUUUGGAAGCAGCCGGAUGGGAGGGGGUACAAGCCUUGCUUGGAUUUCAGUAGGGAUUACAGGAGAGACAGUCAAGGGCUUGUCAAAGACAGGAGAAAGUAUCUACUGGUUGUGGUUUCUGGAGGAAUGAACCAGCAAAAAAAUCAGAUUGUUGAUGCUGUGGUCAUUGCUAGGAUCCUUGGUGCUGCAUUGGUUGUUCCCAUCUUGCAAGUCAAUGUCGUUUGGCGGGAUGAAAGUGAAUUUUCUGAUAUAUUUGAUUUGGAGAACUUUAAGAGAGUUCUGGUCAAUGAUCUGCGGAUAGUUUCAUUGUUGCCUUCUACACAUAUAAUGACACGGCCAGUCGAGGAGACACGCACUCCACUUCAUGUCUCCCCUCAAUGGAUUCGUGCUCGUUAUCUUAAGCGGCUUAACAGGGAAGGUGUUUUGCUCUUACGAGGUCUUGACUCAAGGCUCUCUAAAGACCUCCCUUCGGAUCUUCAAAAGUUACGAUGCAAGGUUGCCUUUCAUGCAUUGAGAUUCACUCCCAAAAUCUUGGAGCUUGGAAACAAGCUUGUGGAGAGAAUGCGUAGCAAGGGACCGUACCUUGCUCUUCACUUACGGAUGGAAGAAGAUGUGUGGGUGAGGACUGGUUGCCUUCCUGGUUUGGGUGACAAGUAUGAUGAGAUGAUAAACAAUGAGAGGAAACAACGGCCUGAGCUCCUAACUACAAGAUCUAAUAUGACUUAUCAUGACAGGAAGCUUGCUGGUCUUUGCCCCUUGAAUGCAUUGGAGGUAACCAGGCUCCUUAAAGCUCUAGGAGCUCCAAAAAAUGCGAGAAUAUACUGGGCUGGAGGGCAACCAUUAGGUGGCAAAGAAGCUUUACAACCAUUAACCAAGGCAUUCCCUCAUUUUUACAACAAAGAAGAUCUUGCCUUGCCUGUGGAACUAAAACCUUUUGCAAACAGGGCUUCCUCUAUGGCUGCCGUUGAUAAUAUAGUUUCUGAGAACAGCGACGUUUUCAUGCCAUCUCAUGGGGGAAAUAUGGGCCAUGCACUUCAGGGACAGAGAGCCUAUGCAGGGCACAAAAAGUAUAUAACCCCAAACAAAAGACAGAUGCUCCCUCAUUUCCUGAAUACUUCUCUCCCCGAGGCAGAGUUUAACAGGAUUGUAAAGGACUUGCACCAUGUGUCCUUGGGGCAGCCAGAACUUAGGACUAGCAAAGCUGGAAGAGAUGUUACAAAGUACCCAGUCCCAGAGUGUAUGUGCAAUGAUUCACGUACUCAUUCGGUUUUCUGCUGAAUUGUUCACAAGCAACGGUGACAGUGAAAGAGAUUGCGACAUCGGAAUGAUUGAUAUUCCUUACAAAGUUCAGGAAACUUGAGCAUUUUGAACAAACAGACGGCAAUGCGUCCAGUUGAUGUUUCUUUGGACUGCUAUUUUGAAGGCUCACUAUGGUGAGUGUGCUCCUCAUCUGCAAGUUUCUGUCUCGCAAUUUGUGUGCUAGCAUUUUAGGCAAAAGUAGAUAUUUAUAUACAAGUAGAAUGGCACAUAAAUUUUAGCAUUCUUUAAUCAUGUAUAGGAUUUUUUUCCUUUUUUAAGGGUUUUUUUUUGGGAUACAGUAUAUCAUUGUUUGUACUACAUCUCCCAGUCUCACAGCCAUACGUGUAAAUUCUAUAUAAAUAAAGGAAUACCAUUGAUGAUCAAUACAAGUGUUGCUAGCUCUUGGCAAGCUAUA